CGGGAGCUUUCCAGCAAGCGACACAAGUCGACACAAGUGUCGUUCUGUCUUUAUUAUUCAUCGAAUGCGAAGAAAGACAGAACGACAUUUGUGUUGACUUGUGUCGUUUGCUGGAAAGCUCCCAGCAUCUCCCCGAACGCAGCUAUAGACUACGGCGGUGAUAAGAGACAGACGCUAGUUUGGCUGUUAAGGGGAACGGGGGACUGCGAUUUCGUUCAGCGUUGUUGAGCCGUUACGACUACUUACGAGCCGUGCUUCUCGCGGACCAUUGCUCUCAGGAGAAACUCGAGUGAGAGAAUCGUUCACUCGGAAAUCCGUCACGAUGGCGAUCGCUGCCAAACGAGAGGAGUUUCGCAAGUAUCUGGAUGAGUGUGGCGUCAUGGUUGCCCUCACAAAGAUACUGGUCUCGCUUUACGAGGAGACCGAAAAGCCACCUGAUCCUGUGGACUAUAUACGUAGGAAUCUUGGCGGUAUCGUGACCGAUACUUCGGACAUUGACAGCGUGAAGAAAGAAUUGGAGGAGUCCAAAGCCACGAUUGCCGAAUUAAAGUCAAAACUAGCCAAGUAUGAACAGCAGGGCGAAGCAAUAGCGGAUUAACCAUGGCGGAGAACAUCUUUGAUCAGAGUUCAUGCUAGUCUGUUUUUUUUUCUUUGACACUGACUUUCUCAAAGUCAGUCUGACUAUGUGCCUUAUUACUAUAAUAAAUGACGUUAAAAAAUGUUAGAGUAUAAGAUAAAUCACUCAACUUUUGUGCAAACACAUUCCAUCAUAAUUACGUGUUCGUUCAUUCGUGUAUUUCUUUUUAUUUAAGAAAUAAUGGCAAUUUAGCUGUUAGUUUUCAUUUAAGGUCUUUCGUAAGGACAAAUUUAACAUGCAAGAUAUCUGACAUAUGUACUUCGUGUGAAGCGUCGUUUGUACAAAAUAGAUCUCAAAGAUUCAAAUAAAUAUUUCUUUUACGUUUAUUAA